CUUAAAACUAGUGUUGAAAAAGCAACUAUAGAAUACUGAAAUGGCCAUAUCUACUGCCCUUUCCCUGUACUGUUGGUUACAGGCAUAGCACGUAUGCCUGCAACGAACUGUUCAUGCCUGUAACCAACAGUUCGGCACUUCCCUCGGAACGCCCCUGAAUGCAUAGACCAGACUGAGCCCAUAUAUCUAUCAACUACCCUUGGCACAUGUGAGCCGUUCUGUCAUUGUUCUGCCAUCCACAGUCGCAUGCGAAAUGUUGCUUCUUCGUGUCAUAUUACCAUGGACAAUCCUCUUGAGGGCUUGCUUCGCCCAGCAGGAUCUCUUGAGUCAAUUACCACAAUGCGCGUUGCUAUGCUUUGCGGCUGCUUUACCCACAACAACGUGCUCGGCCACUGACCUUGGGUGUCUUUGCGUCGACGCACCAUUCAUCAAUACUGUCGCGGCUUGCAAUGCUGGCAAUUGCACCGUUGUUGAGAAUCUGCAGAGCACCAACCAGACUUAUGCGGCAUGUGGCGUCCCGAUACGCAGUCAGGGCACGACAAUAACUGGACUCGCCGGAUCCUUUGGCGUUAUGGCUUGGGUCAUGGUCGUUUUGCGUCUGAUUCAUCGACACUUUUCUACACAAGCAAAGCUAGGCUGGGAUGAUUAUUUAGUUGGUCUGGCUGGAUUAUCAUCUAUGGCUAUGACAAUUCCAGCCCUCCUUGCUGUUAAGGAAGGGUUUGGAACAGACAUAUGGGGUUUGACACCAACUCAGAUUACCAAUUGCCUUCGUUUUCUCUAUCUGGCUUACCCCUUUUAUAUGACCACCGAGGCCUUCUGCCAGGUUUCCAUCCUCGCCUUUUACCUCCGCUUUAUGAUGGACCAAAAGACCUUGCUCUUUGUCAAGGGUCUUAUGGUAUUUGUCACUGCCUUCGGAAUCGCAAACACGUUCUGCAUGAUUUUCUCGGUCACGCCCAUAAACUUCUUUUGGAAUGGCUGGAAAGGCGAGAUGGUUGCUACUAGUUCUAUCGACAUGAAUCUAUUCAGCUUCGUCCGUGGCGGCAUUGAGAUUGGUCUCGAUCUGGUUAUUCUGUGCCUUCCGCUGCCUAUGCUUGCUAAACUUCACAUGUCUUUGGAGAAGAAGAUCCAUAUCAUGUCUAUGUUCUGCGUCGGCUUUGUUAUCACUGGUGUUAGCUGCGCCCGACUGCAUGCCUUGGUCCAGUUUGCCAAAACCUCAAAUCCAACCUAUGAUAAUACGCCUACUAUCUAUUGGUGCGCAAUCGAGGCAGAUCUCUUCAUCAUCGUUGCCUGUAUGCCUUCUAUACACGCAGUCUUUAGUAGAAUGCGGUCAUCCAGCGACACCGGCGACUCGACCGGAUACGAUCGCAGCGACAAAAGCUCAUAUUUCAAUCGCUCCAAACGCUCAGAGAACUCUGGUAGCAACCAAAACUUUGGGGGGAUUUCCAAGUCGACGGAAGUGAAUGUUUAUAGUACUGAACGGGCUGAUGCGUCGGACGUGGAGUUGGUGGAUCGACCGGCUUACUUGAAGGACUUUGAUAGGAAAGCGCAUGAAUAAUAAAUGGCGCCUAUUUUUUGCUCAACCCCAAAGCAGUCAGGCGGUAGUGCUUGGAUUCAAACGAAAAGGCAAUAAAAAAGGAAUGCCUGGAACUCGGGAUCGGGCACAGACAACUCAGUGAUAGAGGAAGCACUGGUUUUGUUUUUGGGUCCUCUUAAUGAGGUAGGAGGGGAUAUGUUGCCACUAGGAGCUAACCACUAUUCCAUCACUCUUCUAUUUGCUUGUUUCGAGACAAGGGGGCUGAGAUUCGGGAUGUAGCCCUCAUAGAUACCCAUUUGGUUUCAAUCAUAGCGUGAUUGUAGGAUUUUUAAGGAGAGUUUGCAGGGGUGUCCCCAUUGCCAGUCAGCAGCGGUCUGUAUAGGGGCAAGGAAGUCAGUGUGACUAUGGGGUGGAGUGGUGAGAUCACAACUCGGUGAUAGCGCAGGCAUACUGAUGGGUCCAAUGUACCAUUUAUGAUGAGAAGAGAAUGGUAGACUUGGCCAGAAAUACACCUCCUGCGCCCAAAUCAGGAAAGAAAAACUGCCUACCAAACCUGUCGAAUCAAUCUCUCAGCCAACCCCUCUAAAAAUAGUUCCAUGAAAGCUCUCUUCGUGACUAAGUAAAGCGAUUAACUCAUCCUUACUUAACUUAACA